GGGACCAGAGUACCUGCCUGCCACCACCUACCUGUGGAGGAGAGACUGUAAAGAUGGAGGCCAAAGGUAACAACAAUCUUGUAAAAGGGCAAGCAACUUUUAUGUUGGAGCUCUACCGUGCUGCAUUGUCCGAGGGUGGUAAGGCCAGUAUGGGCAAUAAGAGCAACAAGCCACUGAACAUAGCAGUCUCACCCGUGAGCAUUGCUCUCGCGCUGGCGGUUGUCUCUGGCGGGGUAGCCGGGAACACGUUGACGGAAAUACUUAACGUUCUCCGGCUUCCGGAAGAUCGGGCCGUUGCGCAUUCUUACUUGACAUCUCUGCGCAGGAAUCUGCUUGGAGGGCCCACCUCUGCCUCCACCUCAGAUUCAGCUGAAGCCGUGAAAGUUCAGAUAGCGACCGGACUUUGGGUGACUAAUCAGCUGCCGUUGAAAAAGGAGUAUGAGGAUCACGUUGCCAUGUACGAGGGUCGUGUGGUGCCUACAGAUUUUGUCGGAGCAGCAUCACAAGCACGUGAAGAAAUCAACCGGUGGGUGAGCAAUCAGACAUCAAGAAAGAUACAGGAGAUCGUCCCUCAAGGCCUGCUUGACAAAGACUCUGUCUUUGUGCUUGUUAACGCGCUCUACUUCAAGGGAUUGUGGCGGAGAGUCUUCUAUGAAGAGGAUACUGCCCCUGAGGAGUUCAAGAUACCGGCCAAAGGUGAGGGCUUCAAGACUGUGUUUGUUCAGAUGAUGAGGAAUGAUGGAAUGUACAGAAUAGGAAAGCAGAACGGUUUUCGGAUUUUGCGAUUGCCCUAUAAGGUGGGGGGAGCGGAUGAUUGCCGUCAACUGGCUAUGUAUAUUUUCCUCCCGGAUGAGGUGGAUGGGCUUGCAAAGAUGGAGGGAUCGUUGACUGCCGAAUUGCUUGAGGAGUCGUUCGGAAACAUGUGCGACAGCUACCUUGACAAACUUCUGCUCCCAAAAUUCAAAGUGGCAUCAGGUCUGAAACUCAACCAGUCGCUGAAGGAUAUUGGCAUGAAGAUCGCAUUCGAUUGGGAAAUUUCCGAUUUCUCAAACCUAUUCGAUUGUCAAGAUCACCGAAUGUGCAUCUCUGAUGUCCUGCAUGAUGUGUGCGUUGAGGUAGAUGAGCAGGGCACAGUUGCAGUAGCAGCAUGCUGUAUGACAGCGUGCGUCGGCUGUUCAAUGACGCCCCCCCCCCCCAACGUGUUCAUUGUGGACCAUCCUUUCCUUUUCAUGAUACGAGAGGACACAUCCUGUGUCGCUCUGUUUCUUGGUCGGGUUGUAGAUCCUCGGCCUUCCGAUUAGUUGUGAAUGUCAGAGUGUUUUUGCGCUCGUCAAUGGAAUGUGUGUUCAACUUGGUGCAAUACCGCACGAGGUGGAGUGUUUGCGGGCACAUAUUACAAUGGCUUAAUGGUUCUCAAAUAUAUUAAUGGUUCAUAAGCAGAUCAUGAGGUCGAGUGUUGAUGGGUACGCGAAUUAUGGGUCAAUUUGUGGGGCGCGUUGUUGUGCAACAUGUCAUGAAUAUGACAGUGUUCUUGCAGCUCUUUCG